AGGGAUGAUGAAUACCUCCCACAGGGUGUGAGCCGUUAAGCAUCUCGAAAACGCCAUCGACGGUCGCGGCACGUGAUGUACCUGAACGAGAUGCCGCGGUAAAGCAUGAAUAAGACUGGAAUUGCAGGGAGCUCGGCGGGACGAAAAUAGACAAUUGCUGCAAGCACACCAUCGUUAUCAAUCGCAAUUCAGCCCUCCCCGGGCAGCAAAUCGUCAGCUCACGCCGAUGCUGAACAACUUAUAGCUGCCAUGGCGGUUUCACGCCUAUUCCAGCCUGACAACUCGCCACCACCAUGGACGCACAACCGCCAGUUGAGAAGCAGGCCUCCCUGGACUCGGAGGAGAAGGCCGUAGCGCCAGUCCCCGCCGUGAAAGCGGCGCACUUUGCAAGCUCGGACAACCUGCGCCGCAGCCUGAGCGCUCGACAGGUGCAAAUGAUCGCGAUCGGCGGGACAAUUGGGACGGGGCUCUUUCUCGGGACAGGCAAAAGUCUGGCCAAGGGUGGCCCGGGAGGGAUGCUCGUAGCUUACGCGAUCGUAGGCGGCAUCGUGUACGUGACCAUGCUCUCGCUCGGCGAGAUGUCGGCGUUCAUCCCCGUCGCGGGGUCCUUCUGCACAUUCGUAGGAAGAUUCGUUGAUGACGCAUACUCGAUGGCCUUGACGUGGAACUACUGGUUUAACGAUGCCGUGUCGACCGCGUCCGACCUCGUCGCCCUCCAACUCCUCCUUCAGUACUGGACGAGCCACUUCCCCGGCUGGGCGCUGAGCCUCAUCUUUUGGUUUGUGCUCUUGGGGCUCAACCUGCUGGCCGUCAAGGUCUACGGGGAAGUCGAGUACUGGCUGAGUCUCCUCAAGGUCAUUACGAUUAUUGUGUUCAUCUUCGUCGGCAUUGCGGUGAACUGCGGCGCCAACACAGACCACCGGUACAUUGGAGGCAGCAUAUUCAACAAAGGCGAUGCGCCCUUCGUCGGUGGCAUCGGCGGAUUCGCCUCCGUGUUCGUCACGGCAUCUUUCGCGUACGGUGGCACGGAAAGCAUUGCCAUCACGGCAGGGGAGACCAAGAAUCCGACCAGGAAUAUGCCCCGCGUUGUUAAGAACGUCUUCUGGCGCAUCCUGCUCUUUUACAUCCUCUCUGUGCUGCUCAUCGGCUUGAACGUACCAUACGACUACCCUAACCUUAGCACCAAGUCGUCCGCAACCUCACCAUUCACGAUCGUAUUCCAGAUGACGGGCGCCAAGGCCGCCGGAAGCGUUAUCAACGCAGUCAUCCUCACGUCAGUCAUCUCGGCAGGCAAUCACGCCCUCUUCGCCGGAGCCCGCCUGUUGUACACCCUGGGCAGCGAGGGGCACGCGCCACGCUUCUUUGCGCGGCUGAACGGACAGCGCGUACCAUGGGUCGCUACAAUUGCAACAGCUCUCGUGGCGGGCCUGUGCUUCGGCAGCUCGUUUAUCGGCGCCGGGCAACUUUGGAACUGGCUGCAGAACCUCGUCGGCGUGAGCAACCAGCUGAGCUGGAUUAGCAUCGGCAUUGCGAGUAUUCGCUUCCGCCGUGCACUGGAUCGGCAGGGCAAGACACACCUCCUCCCUUUCAAGAACUGGACGUAUCCGCUUGGCCCGUGGAUUAGCGUCAUACUCGGCUCGGUCCUCGUGCUUGUUCAAGGCUGGAGCUGCUUCAGCCCCAAGUUCAGCCCCGUCGACUUUGUCAGCUUCUACAUUGAGCUGCCUAUCAUGCUGGUCAUGUUCGUCGCGUGGAAAUGGAUCAAGGGCACACGUUUUGUGCGCCUUGAGGAGAUGGACCUUGUCACGGACGUGUACACGGCCGCGGAUGACGAGCCAGACAAGCCUGGUAUCCGCGGACGUCUGCGGCGGGCGUUCACCUGGGUGCUGUAAACUGAAGCAUAAACUGU